AUCUCGACCCAACAAACGGACCCGAGGACCAAGAGACAGCAGAGAAUAGAAUGUUGUUUUGAUGGCAAAUCCACUCCACACCCAAACCCCCUCUCUCUCUUCUUUUAUCUUCUUCUUGAAGAGGCCCCAUGCUUUCCCUUUUCUCCUCUCAAUCUUUGUUCUUCUCACUUGGGUCUUUCUCAGAUUGCAACACCUCCACCAAUUUCCCUCUCCUCAGCAAACCCAAUCUAGAGAGGAACAGAAAUGGAGGAGAGAAGACGAUAAACAGGCUAACCUAGUCCGGUUUCGCAGUGGUUUCCCUUCACAAAUCUCUAAGGAUAAGAGGGGAUGGUUGCUCGAUCCUGUCGCUGCGGCCAUUGAAGCUGGGAUUUCAGAGGGAGCGAUAUCUUGUAAUUCAGUGCAUGUGGGUGAAAUUCGACCUGGUGGUAUGAGGGGAAAUCACAGACAUCAUACUUGCAAUGAGACAUUAGUCAUAUGGGGUGCUGAAACAAAAUUUAGGCUGGAGAACAAUCACAUAUUGGGUAAGGGUUUUGCUGAGGUUACAAUUGGAGCAGAAGAGGUGGCAGUAGCUGGUAGUCCGAGUGGAAUUGCCCAUGCUAUUGUGAAUGUGGAUCUGUCAAGAACAACUUUCAUUCUGGGUUGUCAAGACAAUGUGAUCCUCUUCCUCUAUCAUUAUCUAGCUGUGAUCUACUGCAGCCAACAGAACCAGAUUUCACAACCAAAAUCCAUUUCUGAGCCUAUUGUAAGCUUGUCGCAACAACAUCUAUGGGUGGUAUUCCGUGAAAUUUCAUCUAUAGUUGGUACCCACUAGGAACCCUACUCUCCUGGAAUUUCAGCUUCAUCCAAGCUCUGGUUUUGAGAGCUACAGAUUUUUGUCCUAACUGAGCCCUAGACUGUUGUUCUUUCCAUUUUGAGUUCUAUUUGAUCAAAGGAAGAAAAGGAUACUGGUUUUUCUUAUUUGCAUGUAACAAUGUAAGUCUGAAAUUAAUUUCCAUACCUUACUUUAUGAGUUUUGUUCUAUUCUGUCCCUA